GCCGCGCUCGAACCACGUUCGAAUUUCGAAUCGAACGUUCGGUCGCGACCGAUCGGUUGUGAAUGAAAACUUUUUUGUGGCGAUCCGUGUGAGAUGUGCUGUGUUUCGAAGUUCAAAUUUUGACGUUCCACUGGAUUUUUCGUGUCGGAUUUUGGAAUUUAGAGUGACGUGAUGAGGGCGUGACGGUGUCCAGCAUGGCCCGGGGCGCACUGCUCGUCCUAAUGUGCCUCAUACCUCUGCACAGAGCUGAUAAUUUAGAGCUCCUGCUCGGCACUCUCCGGACGCACCAGAAGGCGGCUUGUGACGAGGAGAUGGUGACGCUAAUCUGUCCACGGGGGACCACCAUCAGCAUCCAGGUGGCGCAGUACGGGGCGUCUGCGUCCCAGAGCGCCUGCGCCUCCGACCUGGCGGAGUACCAGCCGGUCGCGGUGGAGGUGGUGGGAGACACCAGCUGUACGUGGCCAGGGACGCUGCAGUACUCUUUGUUGCAGACGGUGGUGGAGGCGUGCCAGAAGAAGCGGCAGUGCAAGUUCCACACCAGCCCCAAGGCGUUCGGCGUAGACCCCUGCCCAGGCUCCAGGCGCUUCGUCGAAGUCGCGUAUAAGUGUCGCCCAUACGAGUUCCGGAGUAAGGUUGGCUGCGAGAACGACGUGCUACAUCUGAGCUGCAACCCUCACUCCCGGGUGGCGAUAUACUCGGCGCAGUAUGGACGGACGGAGUACGACUCGAUACAGUGUCCUCAACCGAGAGGCAUGAAGGAGGAAACCUGCCUAGAGCCUUACGCGACAGAGACGGCCAUGCGGGAGUGCCACGGGAAACGACGCUGUGUGCUGUCAGCCGACAGCAAGAUGUUCGGCAAACCCUGCCGCAGCGGCAGCAGGACGUAUCUGAAAAUUGUCUACACUUGCGUGCCGAGGACGGUUUUGAAGGAAAGGUACGAGAGCGCCCCUGAGGAGGACGAAGUCGCACACGAUGUGUCGGAUCUUGAACACGACGAUAUCGACGAAACGAACGACCGAUGGUGGGGCGAGUCAGCGGUGCCGCCGGCCCCCGCGGUGGCUGCCGUGCCGCCUCAGAGGCCGUCCAUCGUCACCAACACCAGCAGAGAGGAGCCGUCAGCGUCGCCGCCACGACAGCAUCUGUCCAAUGAGGAUAUAGAUCAAUUCGACAUGAUGUACGUUUACGGCAUCGCAGCUACGGCCCUCAUCUGUCUGCUCUUCACCGUGAUCGGUGUCGUCAAAUUCAUCGUCUGCAAGAAGAAUGCAGACCAAGACAAGGGGCCUGACGUGUCAGCCACCACAGACAUCCCGAACGGCUUCAACGACAGCAUAUCCGAGGUAGACAACGACAUUAACAUCACCAGUCUCUCGGGUCCAAUCGAUGCCGUCGAUUCCAUGAAGGAGAUGCAGAUCAACAGCAUAGUGACGAGCCACAGCCCCAAAAUCAAUAGAUACGUCGGUCGGCCCGUGCCCAACACGUACCCGCACGUGAGCAGUAACAUGUACGGACAGGUCGCCGAAUUCCCCGUGGAAAUGCCGCUCCGGACAAUGCCGCACGGAACGCUCGGCCGAGGAGUCCCGGUCAACACUCUUCCCCGCAUGCAGAUCCAGGCGGAAAUGGACCCUAACGCGAGGAGCUUAUAUCGAUAUUCCAACGCGCAGUACUACUUUGGGUGACAAAAAAACGAGUGCCCGGACGUUUCUAGAACCUACUGUUUCUAGUUUAGUGUAGUGAAUCGAACUUUGUAUUGUCCUACUUUUUAAUACAGAAACUGUGAUAUUAAUUGAAACUCUCCUAUUGUAGCGGACUAUUCAGGAAUUGUGGACAUGGAAACGUUUUGUUCGCGAUGGUUUUUGUCUUCAAUAAAAUUAUUGUAAUUUCUCGCUGUUCUUCAAUAGAUUCGGAACGGAUUAAAGUUUCCAGAGUUUUGAAAUCUGAAUGAUAAUGCAUAUCAAAGACUUGUUUUUAUUGUUACAACAUUUCCAACUCUUUCCGAUACUAGAGUAUCCAUUUUGUAUGGUAAUAGAGAGGGUUUGAUUGUGGAAACGCUUAGAAUAAAUUUACUGAAAGGUAUUGUUUACUCAAAUUUUUCCGGGCAUUUGUGCAGUACGUGGAAUUUUGCUAUCCGGCAUUCCGAUUUUUUACUAAGGCCUUUUGUAUUUAUAUGAAGUACGGAAAUAAAAACUCAUACUGCCAGACGAAAAUAAUUCUGGGUAUUAUCCGUGUCAAUUCAUUUUGAUCGAAAUAUAAAUGAGAAACUCCAUGAAACUCGACCAAAUAAGGGACCAAUCAGUCAGAAAGCGGUCAUUCGUUCAAGCGUUCUACGUUCGUAUUCUAAGUUCGAGCGGUCAGUCACAGGAGGAUGUCUGACGCGGUC